CCAAUGACGGCCAAAUUGCCUGCAGGUCGGAUUCUUCCCGAUGUGCCGUGCCGAGUGUGUCAAGACCAUAGUUCUGGAAAGCAUUAUGGAAUUUUUUCUUGCGAUGGUUGUGCUGGAUUCUUCAAACGCUCGAUCAGACGACACAGGCAAUAUGUGUGUAAAAAUAAAGGAGGCUGUGAAGAAGGACGAUGUAUCGUUGAUAAAACGCAUCGCAAUCAAUGCAGAGCUUGUCGAUUGAGAAAAUGUUUGGAAAUUGGCAUGAAUAAAGAAGCAGUACAGCAUGAAAGAGGGCCACGGAAUUCGAGUCUAAGGCGGCAGAAUAUGUUGCUUGAGCAUCCGCGAUUAGCAUUGUCGGUAUGGAUAUUAGUUAUUUCUUCGAGUUUAAUCAGGAGCCGGAUCACUGCUAUCAAUUUUCUUUGUUUGUGUCCCUCGACGGACACCAGUAGUGAAAUCGGUUGUAUUUGCCUGUUAUAUUAA